UGGAGGAGCAAACCUGGCAACCUGGCAGCUUGUACUGAGACCGAUUGGCAAUCUGGCAAUGCGGAAAUAGAUCUGGCACCCCCCAAGCCAGGACUGAGGAGAGAGGCGUGACAGAGCGAGCGGAGAGGAGACGGGAUAGCAGUGACAGAGAUCAAAUUAUCAACUCUUCUUUCCCUCUCAGCUUUUUGUUUUUCUUUUUUUCAUCAAAGUGCUCAGGUGCGCUCAUCCGCACCAGAUUUGGGCUUUUUUUUUGCAUUUUUGUUUUGUUUUUGGGGGUUUUUGUUUUCUAAAAUUUGUUUCUUUAAUCUGUCAAGUGUGAGGAGAAGAAAGAAGAAGUGCGUUUCUAUCGUUUGGAUUCUGGACUUCUUUACUGACUUCUUCUUUUUUUUCUUUUUUUUCGAGCAUGGAUGUGUUGGCGAAUUACAGUAUUUUCCAGGAACUCCAACUCGUCCACGACACUGGUUAUUUCUCUGCGAUGCCUUCCCUGGAGGAGAACUGGCAGCAGACGUGUCUAGAGUUGGAGCGGUAUCUACAGACCGAGCCCAAGCGACUCUCAGAGCUCUUUGACGAUGAGCUGGACUGUCUCUUAACGCCGGCGUUUAUGCAGGGGGGUGACAGUGAUGAAGACCUGAUGGACCCCCUCCUUCCCAGCCUCCCUGACCAGCCCAGUCCACCUUCGCUACUUGUGACCCUCCCCAAGGUGCAAGCCAAAAUUCUACACGUUCCCAAUCCCAACAAGAACCAGACAGCAGCUGGGCCUGAAACCCUCACAGGCAAGGAGCAAGUCCUCGGAGGAGUCAGUGCCGCUCAGCUUAGUGCCGCUGUCACUUCCCUAACACCGCCAUCAUCACCGGAGCUUGGCCGACACCUUAUUAAGCCCACACAGACGCUCACUGCAACAGCAGACGGCACAUUAACGCUCAAACUGGUGGCAAAGAAGGUGGGAUUAGGGGCGGCUAAGCUGGUAGCAGCGCGAGCAUUACCAUCCCCACCAGGCCGAGGAGGAGCCCUCAGUGACAGCGAGCAGGGAGGGGUGGGAAGUCUGGCAGGAGACGUACCAGAGAACAAGAAGAGAGUCCACCGGUGCCAGUUUAAUGGCUGCAGGAAGGUUUACACCAAGAGCUCCCACCUGAAGGCACAUCAGAGGACCCACACAGGUGAAAAGCCCUACAAGUGCUCAUGGGAGGGCUGCGAAUGGCGCUUUGCCCGCAGUGACGAGUUGACACGACACUACCGCAAACACACCGGAGCGAAGCCAUUCAAGUGCAACCACUGCGACAGGUGUUUCUCUAGGUCGGAUCACCUGGCCUUGCACAUGAAGAGGCACAUCUGAAGGACAAGAAGAAAAGAAAAGAAAAGGAGCAGGAGGAGCACGAAGAGGAAGAGGAGGAGCAGAAGGAGAAAUAGGAGGAGAGAUAGGAGGACAGAAGGAUGGGCAGCCAUGCUAUCGACUGCCUGCGUCAUAUCCCCCCCGCCGCCCCUCCCCCAAUCCAAACACCAGUAGGCUCAAACAGCCAUCGGGGGGAAAGUUGGGCAGGAGGAAAAAACGAGGAGUAGCUAGAUUGUUGUUUUUCUUUAAAAUUACACACUCACGUUUGCAAUAGUAAACACUUCACACACACACCCGUCUUUGAAUGCAUCACCCCGGUGAACCCCGGACACUUUCAUGCAGCUCUGGGGGCUUGGACACUGCCAGAUCAACAUGUACUCAACUUGCUUGACAAAACAUUAUACCGCCUUCUUUCUUUUUUUCUUUUUUUUUGAGACUUUCUCCGUAGUCAGUGUGUUAAACUUAUCGAGUCACUUUGGAUGAGCAGAAACUUUUAAAUAUCCAUGUAGUCAGCUGUUAGUGCUUUACCGGCUUUUGAAAUCAGAUAUUCGACUGUUUUUUCUUUUUCAGCUUUUUUGCUCUUUUCUUAUCGACGUUUCUCAUACACGGAACACACGGAACCAUCACCUGCCGCAGUCAGCUCCAGUACUCAUUGUGAAGAAAACAACAAUGCCAAAUCUGCAGGAGAGAGACUGUACGGAUUGACUCCCAACACGGGUGACAAUCGAACCCAGGGCCCGGGACACCGCUGGUGCGCCCACGGGGCCUCGGUCAGCGGGUGCCGCUGCAGCUCUCAGGCUCUCCUCCAGUGGGUGUUUUGCAUCUCUCACCUUCACCGAGAUGCCUGCCGCCUCCGCAGGCCAUCUGACAGAAAUGCGCAGCGACACUUUCUUCCCUUUUUUCUACUUAGAGGACGAUAAUUCUUCUUCUUAUUGUUAUUUAAAAAAAAAAAAAAGAAUGACACUUUUUUUCUCUCUGUGAGGAAAAAAAUGUCUUAAAACUCACAGCAAUGUGUUUGAGAAGAAAAAAACUACAAAAAAAAAAAACUAAAAAAAAAAUCUUUAAAAAAAGACUUUAACAGAAUGUGUGGGAUGAGAAGGAGAGCGUUGUUGGUCUUUAUAAUCCCCAUGUGCACCGACUCUGCAUCUGCAGACUGCAAGAAAUCAGUGGAUGAACAAACAACAGAAUCACACAGACUCUCAGAAAAGGGGUUUGUGUCUGUGCUUUUUUUUUUUGGACUAAAAUAAAAAGCAGAAAGUAGAGAGGUCUUCAUUUGUGUGCUGCUCUUUCUGCCCUGUGACUCCCUGCAGCUGAAAAACAAAACCUUGUUAUGACCUCUGUGGUCUCGUACUCUACAGCAGCCGGGCAGAGGAUUGCUUAAAAACUGGAAAUAUGUUUCUUGGUUAUUUGUUUUUCUUUCGUUUUUUUUUUUUCUUUUUCUUUUUCAUUCUGAUUCCGAAAGUCAUCCUCGAGCGCUUUCACAGACUCUGAGAUCUCAUCUCCCUGGCAGCACUGCGGGGCGAGAAUGGAAGCUCAAGAGCUGCUUUUUGGUUAUUCACGUGGAACUAAAGAUGCCAGCCGACCUUUGUGUGGUGGCUCUGAAUAGACACGGUCACAUCGACCCGUCAAAUUUUGCCUGUUUCAUAUCCACUGACUGCACUGACUUUUUUUUUUUUAAUUCUUUCCAAUGUUAUCUGUGCUUUUUCCUUUUUCUACGGCGAAAAAAUAAGGAUAAAAGGAACACAAAGGAAAAAAAAAUCAUAAAAGACUUGGAAAAAAAACAACACAAAAACAAUUCUGUCUCUCUCUACACGCUGCAUACAGAACAAGCACACAUGCUCCGUCAACACACACACACUUACACUGCAGUUCUUACGCUCACGGCUCCUCUUGAGAUAAGACUAAUAAGAUUUAGGAAAAUAAUUAUUAAACUAAUGAACAGAGUUGGGGGAAACAACACACACUGCAUGGCAGGCUUUGUUGCAAACGCACACACUAGCUCAUGAACACACAUGCACGCACGCACGCACACUCUUCCUGGAAUUAUAUGUUCUGCUCCCAAAUCUUUUUUCACAGUAGGAAUUUAGCAACUGUUGUUUAGCAGAAGAGUAUCUUAGCUCUCGGCUGGAGGUAACAAAUGAUUCCAAAUCCUUUGAAGUGAGAAAUCAGCUUGUUCUCAGUUCCAACAAUCACCCACAUAUCCCUCACUACAGCUUGUGCCUCUCAUUUAAUCAGCGUUUUUUCUGGUUUUUGGUCGUUUUUUUUUUACUUCAGAGACUUUGGUUACGUUGUUGGUUACAGUUGAGUCAGUGGUCAAUGUUUUCAUCGGAAAUAAUCAUAAGCUGCGGCAGAUCUGAAACAUUAAACCAGCAGCAGGCGUGUAGUAUUAUUAUUAAAGAUGGUUUAUGCUCGUGGGAAAAAGUGCUUCAAGAUGACAAAAUUGCCUGAAACGUUCAGGAUAACCCCUGAUGUAGCCUGAAAAUUGAAGCUGUUAGCUAGACUGUUGGGGAUGUCAAAGCAUGAUGUGCAGAAAUUCCAGCUCUGGUUUUGAUCUGGCAAAUCAAAUUUAUUUUCCAACUUGAUGGUACUGUGUAAAAACUAUGUUAUUUUUGACAAAAUACUCAGCACCCACAACCAUAUAGAUGCAUCCGUUUCAUGCUAUUUGACUGAUUUAACACACGCAGUAAGGUUUGAAUCACCUGAGGUUCAUAAUGUGCAAUGAAAACACUGACUUUUAUCUGUGCCCUGAAAGUAAUCACCAACAAUUUUAAUGUAAAAAAAACAGAAAAGAAAAAAAGAUGGAUCUGAGAAAACUGAGGUAAACGUGUGUCCACAAUGCCUGCUUCCUUUGCUCAAUAGUUGACGGGGAAAAAAAUUAAAUAAAAAAGAACAAAUGCACUCCCCUUGCAAUCGGGGCACUCGGCACCGACAGACGCUACCGCUGCAUCCGCCCACCACCACCCACUGUAUAUGCCCCGCAGCACGUGCAAACAGUCCAUUAUUCACUGCUACUGACUGGGUGCAGUUGGGGUGAGGGUGCAGGUUCCUGAAGCUGGCAGGAGGUUUUCACAUCCCAGUGUACCCAGUCAUCGUGCCAGUUGGCUUCGCCAGCCUUCAUUAGGUGAAACAGCGAAAACAUUCCCCUCCGAUGGGGAAUGUUGGGGGGGGGUUAUGGUGCAGCUUCGAACAAUCGAUACCAAAAACCUCCAGCGUGGAACUGCCCUUCAGCCACGGGCAGAGUCUCACCGCUCAGGAGAGAUCAGUGGGAGACCGCCUCCAUAUGAAUUCUGUGUAUCUAGCGGCAGCUUUCACUAUUAACUUUCUCUCUUUCUAAAUAUGACAAAGCAGCCCGUGUGGGAGGCGAAUCCAGUGUUUCACUUUUGAUUUCAUUUGCCCCGUUUGCUGGUUUCCGUUACAGAAGCUGUGUCGAUGGUCGUGUUCGUCGUUCUUGGAUAAUGCAAAGUCAUGCCGUCGGCGUCGAGGCAUGCAAAGAGGCCCUCCCAUACAACGUACAAUCAUAGAGGGAUCAGGAUUGUAGCACUUUUGUGAGGCUUUUGAUGGCAUGAAUGUGUUUAUGUGUGCAUGUAUGUGUCCCUGUUAGGCAUACUGUGAUGGGAAGCAGUCAUUCAGCAAAGAGGUUUAUAACUGACUUUUUAAACUGGUAAACAAGUGUGCGGCUGUGUGAGGGAAGAACUGGUCGAUGAAUUUGCUGUUGGAUUUUUUUCUUUGGUCAAAGCAAUGGCUGACAAUGUGUUUAUUAGGGUUUUUUUUCUUUUUCUUUCCUUUUGACCCUCCAGUUAUUCAUUCAUCCAUGCAUACAAGUCAUUGAGCUUGAUGACUUGCAUCGCAUUAAAGAGAUACUAAGUCAUGCCUUGCACUACACAGGUUUAUCUUAAACCAUGUAAAAUCAGACUGCCUGACAGAUUAGUUGGCAUUCGGUUCAAAUUAUUUGGAAGACGGCUGUCGUUUAUAUGUUUAUAUGUAACUAUAAAAAAACUAAAAAAAAAAAAAAAAAAAUCAAUUAGUGGUUUUUGUGCCUAUUUAUAAAAAAUAGGAAGCAGCAUUUUGCAUUCAUGCUAAUUUAAACUUGACUUAAAUUAAUCUUUCACAAACUUUGAAUUAAAAAAUGCUAAAAAGCAAAAACAUUGUGCUUAAAGGAUUCUCUAAGAGGAUUUGUCGCUUUGAGCACAUUUCUGUGUUGGUUUUGAGCAGUUGUGCCACUCGCCACACAGGCAAAAAAGCUAAAUUGUUUGUUACAAAAACAAAAUUAAAGAUUGUAGUGCUUGCCAGCAUGAAGCGAUUGCAACUCACAGUUCAUCUCCUCGUAAAUCAUAACCCCUCCUGACAUUUGACAGAUCGCAAAGUCACUUCAGAUACAAAUUCACAUUUCAUUCCCUUCACGUCUGAGCCUGUCAAAGCAGGUUUUCUGUCACAGUGUUGCCCGGGUCUCCUGUCGUCUCUCAGGCUCCUCCAGGCCCGGCUAGCUGCCGUCCCACAGCUCUGAUUAGCAUUAACUCUCGGGUCCUCUUCUCAAGUUGCAGUUCAGCUAAUGAGAUAGCUCUGGGUCACAGGGAAAUUUAGUGGUCUGGAGAAAGAGGAAAAAAAAAACAACAACAGGGACCUUGAGCCCGACUUACACCCAGUGGACACAUUUGAUGUAGAACAAACAGAAAGUCCUGUUAGCGCAGAGAAAUAUCAGGAGACGGUGAGAUACUCACUGAAGAGGCUGAACUUUCAUGGAAAAAAACAGAUUAAAAAAAAUCAUUUACCUACAUGAAUAUCCAGAUCAUUAAAUCAGCCAUUGCAUUUUAUCUCAUGGAUUACAGAUAAAAUAAAUUACCAUUUAUCUGCAAAGUCCCAACAGAUAUUUAAUCCACUCCACGUCCCCCGAUCCUCCCCCGUGGUUCACAGUUAGUGCCAUUCUAAUUUUCCUCUCUCCCUCCAUCCUCACCCCAUCUCUCCCUUUCUGUCCACAGCAGUUGUCCAUGCACUAUCAGCUGCGGGAAUGCUGAAUGCACACUUUACACGUUUUGCCCAAAGAUUUGCAUAUCUGCAAGUUAACUGCUGUGAAUGUAGUAGAUGUAGUGGAAAGAGCUGAGAUGCAGAGGUGCAGAAAAGGAGUGAUGGAUGGACGGUGGGAGGAGAGGGACUGUUGAUCUUACAUAACCGUUCCUGUUAAAGCUUAAUUACUGGUAUGCUCCAACGCUUCAUGCUUCAUAACAUUCUCGGUCCUCUCGUCUACUGUCAGCUGGAGCCGAACUCAUUGUUCACAAAUGUAAAAUAACGUUUUCAUGGUCUUAUAGGGUGCCUGGUAUAGUGGCGCUAGCAGCUUAAGCAGGAGUGAAGUAGCUUUAGUUUAAGUUAGCUUCUUAGCACACUGCAGAUAGCACUGUCAAGUCUCAUUUCAAAGUCAAGGUGGGCUUGAGUCUUUGGGAAUGUUUAACCAUUAUAUAAGCAACUUCAGACAGGUUUUCCAUUCCCUUUCAUUAAAUGGAUAGAGUUUAGGGAGAAUCUGGAGAAUUUGCUGAAGGUGGUUUCACACUGAAGGAAGAGUCUGAAUCUUGUUAGCUCUCUAAAAGCCUUGGUUAUGUUAACGGGAAUAAACCUUUUCUCUGACAAAGAAAAUUUACUAAUUCUAAAUUUAGUGACCUGAAAUUCAGUUUUAGAUGAUUAGCCUGUUAAUGCUGUUUAAAUUAAGUGUAAGCUUUUUCAGUAAGAGAGCAAUAGCUAUGUAUAUAGCUAGUAUUCGCUGGCUAAAUAGCUAGCUAGCAUUAGCUAUAUAUAAUACUAGUGCUUUUAUACCAAAAAGCACUAGCUAUAUAAAAACAUAUGUAGCUAGAGAACUAGCUUGCGAGCACUGAUUAUGUACAAGUGUAAAAGCAUAAAAGCAGACCAGAGAAAAAGGCAUCAAACCCAGUGUGAAAACAACCUUCAGACAUUCUCUGUAGCCACAGUUAGUUGUUUAGACACAGUCCUUUGAGGGAUAAGGCUUCAGUUUUCACAGUUUUCCACCAUAUCGUCCUGAUGAAGGAUUGUCACUUCUGGCAGCUUUUGUAAAUAGCGUGAGAUCUUUCAUGCAGACCGCUCUGUCUGUAAUUAACCAUAUGUGGCGAACAGCAUCGCUCAGACAUUUCAGCGUUUCUAUAGAUCUGCUUUAGUUCUUGCAAACAUUGCACUACAUGAUCAUACUUAGCUAUUGCACUCUUCAUGUGCGCGCACUGCUAGCAUAGUCUGUUGGAGCACUCUGUCAAAUAUCCACUUAACAUUUGUUACAUGACCAGGAUGCACAUGGCCACCAAGAACUAUUUUCCACAGGUCACCUUGCAGCAGAUCAGACUGACAUAUCUGCUUAAAACUCCAGUUAAAUGCCUUUUUCAUCACUCUUUCUCUGGAGGAAUAUGUCGUACUCUUAAAACACUCAGUCAUGCUGUGACUUGGUUGAACUUUCUUGGUAUCAGUGGCAUCCCAGAGUGACGCUGUCUGUAACUACUGUGUUUGUCCAUGCUUGAUGUGUCAGUAUAUAAGAGAUUCACAGAUCUUAACCCUUCUCCUUGUGUCUGUAUGUUUCACUUCACCUACACCAAACCCUCUCUACCAAAACCACAACCAUCAGAGCCCUCUGGGACCCAACACGCUCAUAGAUAUCCAGCUGUUCUGAGAAGUAUUCUCAAGAGCUAUGCAGCUUGGGAUCCCCAAGCAGUUCUUUGGUGAGACUGCAAUAACUUUUCAACUUUACCAGCUUAAUGUCCUCACUGGGUACAGUUUUUUGUUUUUUUUUUCAAAUGACCCAUCCUUGUAGGUGCUUUACACACUCUGUCAGUUCAUCUGCUCAGUUGGCCUGAUGCCUGAUGCUUUUAGUUAACAGACUCCUUCUUGGAGUCUGUCCUGUUCUGUCAGUAUGUAUGUGGCAAAAGGAUUGGUACCAAAGAAUUAGGUUUCUCUGUGCUAUAUUGUUAUGGGAAAUAGUGCCCUGUCACAGCCAAGGUAAUAUUUGUUUCACUGACUAACAAGUUUGCGUUGAAAUAUUUGAUUUUUGGCACAUUAUGUUUUUUUAGGAUAUCAAAAUGUUUAGUCCAGAAUGGCUAUUGUCUGUUUAAAAAAAUUUAAAAAUGUUAUUUUAUGACAAUUUUAUGCAAUCAGAUGCAAUCUAUACAAUCUUUAUUUUAGUUACAGUCACUUUUGAAGACUUCCCAUCAACAUUUCAGUCUACAAAAGUCUAUAGCUUUAGCAGUCUAUCAACCGUAUUCCUUAGAGAUUACAUUUCUGAAAUAGUACAGCAAAAUGAUUUUGAAGGAAAUAUAACGUAAUUGUUAAAAUGAUGCAAUCAUGCUGCCAGGCAACCUAAAAUCUUAGGUCAAGUGCCAGACAGAAGACUUAUGUAAUUUAGGUUUAACCUUAGCUUUCAGAAAAGAUCUUACUUGUUCAAAGUGACUGUGUAUUUAUAUGCCUUUGUUGUAAGUAACAUGGUAGAAAUGACAUGCACUUUUCAAGUAUUACCGUCCACGCUAACAGAAAGUUUAUUUGGUUCCAAUCCUUGUGCCACAUAUCGUGUGGCCAAUCCAAUAUUUGUAUUAACUGUAAGUGGUAUUUCAGCACCUUUGUAUGACCCACUGUGUGUACUCAAACCACAGCUGUUGAGGGAUCCCACUUAUAUAUUUUCUGGGAUGAAUGGACAUGUAGAAAAGUGAAUUAAGACAAGCAGAUGUGUUUUCACCAUCACGACAUCCUUCUCACCUGCCCUGCAAGGGCUCUGUAACUCCGUUCAUAUCAACCUUGGAUCCAUGACCCUUCACUCCACCCCGCCCUCCUCUCUUCUCUCACUGUCACCUCUGUUGAGUUGAGUUUCUUUUCCGUUCUCUUGUUUUACUUACGAUUUUUUGCUGUACAAAGUGUUUAAAAUAUUAUUUGUAUUAUAUGAUGUUAGUAUGGUAAUGUUCUUUAUUAAGGAAGAAGAAAAUUUAUUUUUGUUACUGGUCUGUUUCAUAAUUCUUUUCUAAAUUGGUAUUGUAAGAUAUCUAUGCAAGAACUGUUAAGUGGAGCAUUUUUAUUUAAGAAUGUAAUAUGUGUAAUAAAU